GAGAGGCAUCGCGUUCGAAGCUCUCGGCAGUAAGUAAAAUGGCGUCGUUAUGGACGGUGAUGUCGUUCGCGUUUUCCUUGCUACUGACACCCUUCCUCAUGCUGUUGCUGGCGAUUGUAUUCCUCGCUUCCAUCGGCAAGUCCCUCGGUGUACGUAGGCUGUACAUCAAGCUGCUGCUGGCCCUCUUCGAGUACGGCAGACAAAAUAUAGAAAGUGUAAGGAAAAGAAAUGGUACUCGGGAUGUAGAGAAUCUCAGUAUAGAAGAGGAAUGCGAGUCGCUGACUAUCAUGGAAAAGAAUUCAACAAUAACUUCGACAAAAGCACAAAACGGAUGUGCAGGCAACACGGUGAUAGCCAGAUCGAAGAACUUCAUCUUGGUCCCGGAACCAGAAAUGCACAAUCACAAGAAUCACGUUGAUGAAUCGAAUUUGAAAAACGAUCAACAAGAACCAUCAACGAUCAAUGAGGACAACCUUAAUCAAAAAAAUUCUUUUGAAACACUAAAAGCCGGAUUUGCACCUUCAAGCUGUUUGGAUUAUAUCAGAGCAGGUGUUGAAGCUAUUAUAGAAGAUGAUGUGACGUCACGAUUUGAAGCAGAAGAACUCAAGAACUGGAAUCUAUUAACGCGAACGAAUAGAUAUUAUGAAUUUAUUUCCUGGAAGUUAACUUUCAUGUGGAUGUUCGGAUUCGUUAUGCGUUAUUGCUUCCUUCUGCCCUUAAGGAUAUUUAUUUGCUUUAUAGGGGUGAUGUGGCUGACAAUGUGCACUGCAGUAGUGGGCUAUGUUCCUGAGGGUAGCUUCAAACGGUGGCUGAACUACAAAGUCUCCCUAAUGUGCUUUGCUGUCUUAUCCAGUGCUCUGUCUUCAGUCAUCACGUACAACAACCCAGAGAAUCGACCUGUCAGAGGAAUAUGUGUUGCUAAUCACACGUCUCCCAUUGAUGUACUCGUACUUAUGUGUGAUAAUUGUUAUUCAUUGAUAGGUCAGAGACACGGUGGUUUCUUAGGAAUAUUACAAAGAGCCCUCGCCCGUGCCUCUCCUCAUAUAUGGUUCGAACGCUCUGAAGUCAAAGACAGAGAAGCGGUUACAAAAAGAUUAAAGAAGCAUGUAUCAGAUCCCAAUAAUCCACCGAUACUCAUCUUUCCGGAAGGUACAUGUAUCAACAAUACAUCGGUUAUGCAAUUUAAAAAGGGCAGUUUCGAAGUGGACAGCGUUAUUUAUCCUGUGGCUAUAAAAUAUGAUCCAAGAUUCGGCGAUGCAUUUUGGAACAGCAGUCGAUAUUCGAUGAUACAAUAUUUAUACAUGAUGAUGUCAAGCUGGGCGAUAGUCUGCGAUGUGUGGUAUCUCCCUCCAAUGUAUAGAAAGGAAGGAGAGAGUGCCAUCGAUUUUGCGAACCGGGUAAAAUCUGUGGUAGCGCGGCAAGGUGGUCUCGUCGAUCUGCAAUGGGAUGGUCAAUUGAAGAGGAUGAAGCCAAAGAAGGAAUGGAGGGAAAAGCAGCAAGAGGAAUUCAGUAAACGAUUAAAAGUUGAAUAAAUAAAUUCAUUGUUUCUAGUCACAUUUCAUAAUUCGCAUAUUGUGUGAUAUUUGUUUAUUAAAACAAAAUCAUUUCAUUCAAUUGGUUCGUCUGUUACACAUUGUUUUUUGCAUUCAUCAUAAUCAUCGAAGAAAUGUUCCAUUAAUCUGUAUCAAAGAUCUACAUCAUAAAGUUUUAGAUGUAGAACUUUUCGCAGAUAUGAGUUUGUACUUUUUUUUUGCCAAAUUUCUAAAUGCGAACAGAUUGGUAAUUCUAACUUGCGUGAGGUAACGUAAUAUUAUAUAUGUACAUUUAUAAUUAUAUAAAUGUAACUUUAAUUUAAUUUUUAGACGGGUAUGCGAUAUGUUAGGCUUAAAUUCGUUGACAGAUUUGAAGAAGGCUCAUUUAAAGAAGUGCAAAUGUGAUAUUUGCUAAUUUUUAUUGUUAAUAAGGUUCAAUGAUUGCAAAGGCAUUACGAAUUAUUUAUAUAUGUUAUAAAUGUGUAAUUAUGUUAAAGUGUGUGAUGUUCUGCAUGUAUGAAUGUAUGUAUAGCAUCAAAAACUUUUCUAAUUAAUUCAUACGUACCUCGAAAUUACUGGACAAUUAAAAACAAUGCAUUAAUUUUCUAUAGUACAAGAAUAGUAAAGGAAAAUAUCAUAGUUUUCUGCUGUAAAAUAUUUUUAACACAAAAAAAUAAAUAUUUAUUUAUUUUUCUGAUAAAGACAGCAGAAUAUAGCGCAAUUACAACACUUCAGAUAUUAAUUAUUCUUUAGAAACACUAUGCAUUAUGUUAUUUUUCUAUUAAAAUCACGAAUAACAUCUUGAAUAUAUAUUUUCUACUUUUAUAUUUUACAUAUAAAUAAUAUAGAAUGUCAACUUUAGUGCUCUAUAUUGCAAUGCAUGUCAAUAUAACAGUACAUAUAAUAUAGUUAUGAAUUAAUAUAAAUUUAAAUACUAAUAUAUCGUAUCUGUAAAUCUUCAAUUCAAAAGACCAUCUCUUAAGAACAAGGAAAAGAGAAAAAAUAGAUAUAUAAGUAUCAAGAAAUUUAUUUUCUCACUUCCAACCAAUGUUAAAUAGCAAGUUUACAAUAAGUGCUAUUUUGCUAUCGAUGGCAUUACUGUAAUUAACUUAUUACACUCCUAUUAAAUUAAUGAAGAUGAUACUUCUAUAUAUCUA